CAAUGGCUGCUCGAAAGAUAGGAAAGCAAACAAAUUUCAGGCCCGCCGCGUCUCGCAAAAAUAUGAGAAAAAAAUUAUUAAAAAUUCGGAAAAUAGUGGAAAGUCAAGAAAAACACAGCAAAGGGGAUGUUGAAGCGCCCAGGGCUCAUGAGUCUGGAUGAUGUUGAGGGCAAAAAAGUGGAUACGGUACUUACACCAGCACAAUUUGGAAAGUGCCUUCCUAUCCAUGUAACUGGUCUGCCUUAAGGUGCCAUGGCCACAGGAACCCAAGGCAACCUUGACCAAGGUGUGGAGAAAGCAAAGCUUGCACCACCCAUGGGAAGGCGCAGAAGAGCAGAGGGAAAGCCAAAAAGGAAUUUCCCUUGCCAGGAGUGCCAGAAAGCUUUCAACAGUCUGGAGAAGUUGAAGGUGCAUUCUUACUCUCACACCGGCGAGAGACCCUACUGCUGCUCUCACCCUGGCUGCACCAAGGCUUUUGUCUCCAAGUACAAGUUACUAAGGCAUACGGCAACUCACUCUCCAGAAAAAACUCACAAGUGUUCUUACUGUGAGAAAAUGUUUCACCGAAAGGACCACUUGAAGAAUCACCUACACAUCCACGACCCAUAUAAGGAGGCAUUUGCUUGUCAAGAGUGUGGUAAGAGCUACAACACCAAGCUGGGUUUCAAACGCCACCUUGCCCUUCAUGCUGCCAAUAGCGGAGAUCUCACCUGCCAAGUGUGCCUGCAGCCAUUCCCAAGUACUGGAGUGCUUCUGGAACACCUCAAAAGUCAUGCUGGCAAGUCCUCUGGUGGGACCAAAGAGAAAAAGCAUCAUUGCGAGCAUUGUGAGCGUCAAUUUUAUACACGGAAAGAUGUCCGACGCCACAUGGUGGUUCACACGGGACGGAAGGACUUUCUUUGUCAAUAUUGUGCCCAGCGCUUCGGGAGGAAGGACCACCUGACACGUCAUGUUAAAAAGAGUCACCCUCAGGAGCUGCUGAGGGUGAAAACUGAGCCAGCUGAUUUGCUGGAGCCUGUUGUCUAUGACUUGGUGUCUGGGGGCAUUAAGGGAGAGCUCCCAGACACACUGACAACAACGCCACGUCAGCACAACUUCUAUACCGGCCCCAUUCUGGACUCGGAGCCUUUCCCCAACGCUGCACACUUUCUCUCUAUAAAAUACCCGUUGGGCUCCAACAUUACCUCAUACGCUGUCUCCUCACAGGAACGGGAGCAGAAUCUAAAGGGAGAACUGGAGAGCUAUCUAUUGGAAUUACAGAGUGGGAUGCCCUCCUCAUCCUCUGCAGCACAAGAUCUACAAGUCCCUAACUGCAAACUUGAGACGGGGGAUCAUGUGGACAUUCUGCAAGAAUCAACUGAAGAAAGGUCCUUGUCCAAAAUUGCCACAUCAGUGGCAACAGCUGCUUUGGCAAGCGACUCACUCGCGCCGUCCUCCUCCAUGAUGGACUUCUCACAGCUUUUCAAUUUCUUACCGCUACACGGGCCCCUGUACAACCAUACAGGGGGGAACGAGGAGCAGCAUACACUGAACGAAGAGGACGUACAUCUCCACCUGCCCGCCGAGCCAUCCGAAGGCCCCGGGGCUGCACAAAGUCCACUUCAAAGCCAAGCCUCCUUUAUUUGCAACUUGAGCACCCCCACCACGUUGCCACGCUUCCAUCAGGCUUUUCAGUGAUCCAGUAAGGUGUGAGCACGACACACACAUUACAUACUCUACGUUACAUGCCAAUUGUCACGUACUGACUUGGACAAUGAAUCUCCGUUUAUUCUAGGGAAGGAUGAAAAAACACACCGUCGAGUUGUAUACAUUCAGUUGGAGCACUGUCAUUAUUUUUUCACCAAAAUUAGCAAAGCCUCGUGUGAAGAGUUUGAUAGUGUUGAAUUAGCUGAAAUGUCAUGGCAGCACUCCUCUGCUGUAAAUACAAUCCAACAGCAAUUAUCAUCAUUUUACAAGCAGAUGUAUGAAAACAAACCAACAGCAGUACACUACUAUAAAUGUGCCUUUUUUUCUACAUUUUUCAAAAACUAUAUACAUGAGUAAUUGCAGUUUUUUUCCUCAGUAAUCCACGCUCGCUUUCUUUGUUUGACCCUUGUAUAAAGGUUAAACAUGCGUUUGACAUCUUUUUUGUAUUUUUUUUUUGUUCUUUGCUUGCUUGUUAGCUUUUGCAUUUGACUCAGAUCAGUUUUUUUUUUCUAAAUGACAAGCUGCAAAAUUGACAUCACCCCAUUUGCUAACACUUAUCACAUCAUUGUCGAAAAACAGGCAGUUAUCAAUAUCAUUUCACCCUUUUUACAUCUAUAUCAGUACACAUUAAAGAUCGACAGAUAUGGGUUUUUCAGGACCAAUACUGAUACCAAUUAUUAGUAAUUAGAGGGGCCGUUAACUGAUUUUUGAAGCCGAUAUUCAUUUGCGGUAAAAGUGUAAAAAGUUAGCGUGAAAAAAUUGAAUAAUGCAAACACUGAACUUCAUAGAAAUACCUGCAUGUUUAUUGAAUCACACAAAUAGAAAAUAAAAGCUCCAAAAGUGCCUGAAUUUCCUAGACUCAGAAACAUCUCUUAUAAAGUUGAAUAAAAGGUUAAAUAAAUAGCUCUCUCAAAUUUCUCCACAGAAAAUAAAGCCCUGACGACCUCGUCUAAGUAUCCUUGAGCAAGAUACUAAACCCCACGUUGCUCCUGGAGGUGCGUCACCAGUAGGUAGAUAAGGAUAUAAUAUGAAGCGCUUUGAUGGCCUUAAAGAGGUGGAAAGGCGCAAUACAAGUGUAACUCCAUUUACCAUUACCAUUGAGCCAAUCAGAGGACGAGAUGAAUACUAGUGUAGGAGACAGCAAGCAGAAGAGAGAGUCGCGGCUGCAUUUGAGCUGAAAUAACCCAGUUUUACAUUGAUUUUUUUUCAAUUCGGCCGGUCAGAUUAAAAAAAAAAUAAGGCAGAUACCGAUAUUUUAAAUUUCCUAAUAUCGCUGCCAAUAAUCUGUCCAUCUCUAGUACACAGUUAAUUGUGAUAUAUAGUUAACGUCAUGAAAUUGACUAUUGUAAUUGCUUGCAUGUUGAGGCCCAUGGCUGAAAAAAUGUGGAAAACUAAACUAGAGAAUAUACAUUGAAUGAAAAUGGGAAGGGAAAAAAUGGGAAUACUAUUUCAAAGGUCCAAGAAAAUAUAAUUAAUUCAAUGAAUUCCACAAUAUUUAGAACAAAGCACUAAGAACUACUGAGUGUUAGCAUUAGUAUCACAGAUACACAUUUGAAUUUCCAUUUUUAAUAUUUUUUAGUAGUCCUUUAAACCAAAGAAUAUGGAAAAUGACAGCGGUAUAUCUGGCUUCGAGCUGCUGCUAAUGAAUGCCUACACAUCUUUUAGCUGACCAAGAGAUUUCCUGUUUUGUUUCAAAUUAGUAUUUUAACAGUCCCUAUCAGUUAUGUGUUUGCAAAGAUUAUUAUAUAUAUUUUUGUUGUUGAAGUGUGCCACAUUUCAUUAAUACAAGUGAUAUAGCUACAGUGCCAUGCCGGUUCUGCUUCUCUGUCAUUUGAAAUAUAAAAAUGGAGUACCAGUACCUGAAAUAGCUGAAAAACUGAACAGUCAUACAGCUAUCAUCCUAGAGGCCUUAGAAUUUAAUGCAAUGUAUUUUGUUUCCCACUGGCCCAGAAAGGCCAGCAUAUCAUCAGCACUUUGUAAAUAUAAAUGUUUGUAAAAAGGAAGGGGAAAAAAACCAGGGGGGCGAAAAACAGCAACAUUUUAUCGUUGAACGAUGCCAUCAUAUAUAGAAAGAUUUGAAAGCUCAAAAGUUUUGCACUCAGUGUACAUGGAAGAAUUAAAAAGUAGGAAAUGUAUUAGAACAACCACCCACAGAAUGUGUAUGAAGUUUUUAUUAUAAUGUAAAUGUAGAUUUUGUUUUCAAAUCUUUGUGCAUACUAUACAGUAUUUAGCCUUGUCACAAUGUGUAAUAUAUUUUUGUAACCACCAAGACCUCGUUUGUUGCAUUCACUCACUAUGUUACUUUGUGCAGUAACUUCAUCCAAUUUUUUGAAGAUGUUAAGGGGACUGAAAUCAUUUUACUGUAUAUCUUAAUGUAUUAUAAUGCAUUUGCAAUCAUUUACCAAUUGGUAGUAUCUCAAAGUACAAUCUGAAAAAGCUUGCAUUGGUUUUAUUAAAAUUCUGUAAGUUGUAAAAUAUAUGCCGAGCUUGCAACAGUUUUAGGGAAAUUCACCAAGGCACUUAUUGUGUACAACAUUCUAAAUUGCAUCAAAAACAAAUAUAAAUGCUGAUGUAGAUGAAAUUGUUCCAUUUUUAUUGUUCGACUGCAAAAAGGCUUGACUCACAGUUAACAGUGUUAUCAUUUGCUGUACCUCACAGAGAUCAUGUUUUAUGCUUAGAUGUUUCAAUUGUUCACUUUUACUUGUUUAUGUCCAUUUACUUUCUCAAUAAUGGAAUUUGGUAAGAUCUUUUUUUUCCCAAACGUGGCUUUGGAUUUGUUUUGUUCAAACAUUUGCAGAAGUUUGCGAUGAUUAUAAGCUUUGUGGUUUUACAAGAAAUUUUUGCAAACCGCUUUCUCCCCCAAAACUUAAUUUUCUCCAGUUGAUGGACACAUUAGUCAUAAAAUGUAUAUAGUUCAAUAACAUGUAAAUAGUGCAUAAGAUGUUUUACUUUUAUAGGUACAAUUUUGAGUGUUGUGUUUUUUCUCAAUGUAUCAUUUUGCUUUACUUGCACAUGUUAUUUGUGGUGUAUUGAGGGGUCGAUUAUUACCUUAAAUAGAUGUAUUUUUCUGCCAGGUUUGGAUCUCAGUGUGAUGAAAAUUGUUGAUGAAAAGUUGACAUUUUGAUUUGUGUGGGUUUUUUUUUUUUUUUUUUGCCUAAAAGCUGCUAAAGUGGAAGAUUACCAAACAGCAUUUUGGGGUGGCAGGGGUGACAGAAAUUGCUGAUGGUGGAAAAAAAGGACACUAAAAAAUACACACACAUUUGGAUAAAAUCCUUCUUAUUAAGAAAUAAAUAAACGCAAAUGCUCCCACAGUUGUUUGUGAAAAGUACCCUCAGCCUUUCAUGCCAAACCUCUUUAAAAGCCUCAGUGGUACCAGCAAAACCUUUUGAAUGUUUAUGGACGAAACACUGCAAUAUUGCAAUAUAUUUUUCUAUCGGAUCAAGCUGCUAACAUACUUCUAAAGCUCCUCAAGGUGCUACAAACCUCUUUUACAGUUUUAGAAUGUAUUGUUUGUUUGAAAGUAUUCAUUCUAACAGAGCAGCUGGCAUGUGCACAACUGGUUGUACGAUAUAUCUGCAUAUAGUAAUUUUACUGUACUGUGAUAAGUUUAGUCUGUUUUUGCAAAUUGUAUCUCACAAACAAACAACCCCGUGUAUUUGCCCCACCUGUGUUUUUUUUUUUUUUUUUUUAAUAUUGGGAAGCUUUGUAAUUGGGAGAGUGAUAGCAAAAGUGACAUUUUUCUUAUUAUUAUUUAGGGGGGGGGCAAUGAUUUAUAUGUGACAACGUUGAAAAUUGGAUGAAAUUUAUUCAAUGAAUGCAUUCCAGCCAUGUUAGUAUUUUUGUGUUGCAUUAUAAACAAUGCCAUCCCAUAACAGUGAUGGAAUUGAUUGACUGAAAAUGGUCAUUCUCAAUAUUUAACUAAAAAUCAAUUUUAGGAACUACUGUCAUAUUUUUAUAUAUAUAGGCAAUGCAUUUAUAUACAUGUAUGUACAUGCAUAUUCUGUGUGUAUACAUGCAGUGUGUUUAUGCAUUUAUAUAUGUAUGUAUAUAGAUACACAUUUAUAUAAUGUUGUGCAUAUAUGGACUGUAUAUGUAUUUAUGUGUGUAUAUGUACUGUGUAUUUGCACAAAUGUGUGUAUAUAUACACACAAUUAGUGUGCAUAUACAACAUAUAUAUAUAUAAAACAGUACAAAUAUGUAAACACAUGCUUGUGUAUGUACAGUAUGUAUAUAGUACUGUAUGUGUGUACAUAGAAAAAAUAUAUAUUUAGAUAUGUUUGUAGUCUAUGUAAAAUAGUUGUUUUUUUAAACACUGACGUAAUCCAAAGAGGCAGAUUAUUUAUUGUUUUGCAUAAUAACCUGAUUUUUAUUUACAUACCUU